AUGAAUGGAAUAGGUGAAGAAACUGUUUUCAUACCCCAAGUUUCGAAUACGAAUCAUAUUCAUCGGCAAUCCCAUAAUAAUCAACAUCUCAAAGAAUUUAUUCUAUGGUUUCUUUUAUUAAUUUGUCUUUUACUUCUUGCGGGUCCAUUUACACAUCAUCUAUCCUAUUCUGUACCAACAGUAAAAACACGUACAAGUGCACGUCAUGUAUUUAGUGAAGAACGUGCUCUUGAUUAUUUAAUUAAUUUAACUCAAUACGGAUCAAGAGUAAGUAAUACACGUGGAAAUUUUGAUGCACGGGAUUAUCUUAUUUUACAAAUAAAACGUAUUUGUUCACCAAAUAAAAGACAUAUUCAAUGUGAACUUGAUCUUCAAAAUUUUACUGAUUCUCAACACAAUCAAUUACAAAAUAUUCUUGUUCGUGUGUCAAAUUCAAUUAAUAAAUCUCAAAAUAUACCGAGUCUGAUGUUAAGUGCUCAUUACGAUUCAGUGGAAUUUAGUCCUGGAGCUGGUGAUGAUGGUUCGGGUCUUGUUAUUAUAUUUGAACUUUUAUCAAAUUUAAUUAAUGAUUUAACAAUAAAUUUUUCUAAUGUUCAUUUGAUUAUACUAUUUACAAAUGCCGAAGAGUCAGAACUACAAGGUGCACUGGCAUUUAUUACUGAUCAUCGUUGGCGUUUUAAUAUUCGUCAUUUUUUUAGCAUUGAUUCAAUCAGUUGCAAUGACGUAGCUGAUCUAUUACAAACAACAUCAUCACAGCUUAUCAUUGAUUAUAGUCGAGUGGCAAGACCACGUACGAAUGUAAUCCUACAGAAAAUUCCAAAAUGGAUUCCAUUCAGUAGUGAUUAUGAUGUUUUCAUAUUGAACAAUUCUCGAUUCGGAUACGAUUUUGGUUUUCUUCCUGAUGGUUACACAUAUCAUACAUCAUUAGAUCACAUAUCAACAUGUAAACAAGGUAUUAUUCAAGAUCUUGGUGAUACUCUUGCUAUAUUAAUUCGUAAUAUACUUCUUGAAAAUAACCAACAAAUAAACAAUAUUAGCGAUGCAGAUCCUUUAAUUUAUUUUGAUAUUCUUAGUCGAUAUUUGAUGAUAUAUAAACUAUCAACAUCAGUAUUAAUUCAGAAGAUUUUAAUUGUAUUCAUUAUUAUUAUUAUUGGUAUAAUUCGAAUUAUAUUCGAUCAUAUAUAUCAUCGACAACAAAAUUUCUCAUGUAAUGAUUUUCAUUGUAUUUAUUUUCGAUUUAAAAAUCCACUGACUAUUCGUAUUCUUUCUAUCAUUAUAUAUUCGAUUUCUAAUAUUCUAUCAAUGAUUGUUGGUCUUGUAUUUUCAUUGAUUUUAGCAUGUAUUGUAUCAAGAAUUCAACCUGUUUCAUGUUAUGGUAAUUCGACAUUAGCCAUAUUUCUUUUUAGUUUACCAUGUUUAAUUGGUUUUAUUAUUUUUCGAUAUUUAUUCGAUCUAUUACAUCGUCGUAUUCUUCGAAAAUCUUCUCAAAACUCAAAUGAAAUUCAUUUCGGUUUUGAACAAAAUAUUUCCGUUCUUAUCGUUUAUAGUUUAUCAAUGAUUAUUUCAAUUUAUUCUAAUUCUCAAUACUUUUAUAUAACUCUAAUUUGGUCAAUAUUUAUUUGUCCAUUAUAUGUUAUUCUAAUUAUUAUUGAAUUUAUUCUUCAUUGGAAACAAAUCUUUGAAAAAGACUUUCGUCAGUUAUAUUUACCAUUGUUAAUAUCUUUUUUUCCAUUGAUACAUACAAUUGAAAUAGUCAAUUGA